CAGCAACAGGAGGAGCGCCUGUCUCCGCCGCGAGAGCUCGCCUCUCCGGACCCCCCUGGAAUCAAGGGUAUCAUAGCAUCUGGCAAGACCACUGGUAUUGCAUUCUUCGCCUCACUGGGUGGCUUCGUAUAUGGCUACAACCAAGGCAUGUUCGCCCAGGUGUUGACCAUGAACUCCUUCAUCAGAGCGACAAACGACUAUGCUAGGGGUACUGGUGUUGCCCAGGGCUUGCUGACUUCGAUCUUGGAACUCGGUGCCUGGGUCGGUACCCUCAUCAACGGUUAUCUCGCUGAUGCAGUUGGACGACGUUGGUGCGCUUUGAUUGCCUGCUGCGUGUUCACCAUCGGUGUCAUCGUUCAGGCCUGCACUGUCAACAAGGAUUAUGUUCUUGCAGGUCGUUUCGUUACUGGUCUAGGUGUCGGAUCUCUAUCCAUGGUCGUUCCGUUAUACAAUGCCGAGCUCUCACCUCCCGAGAUCAGAGGAUCUUUGGUAGCAGUGCAACAACUGGCUAUCACUUUCGGCAUCAUGAUCUCUUUCUGGAUCGGAUAUGGAACGAACUUCAUUGGUGGUACUGGUGAUUCCCAAUCAGAUGCAGCUUGGUUGAUCCCGAUUUGCAUUCAAAUUCUUCCUGCUCUCAUCCUCGGAGCAGGCAUGCUGUUGUUCAUGCCCGAAUCGCCCCGUCACUUGAUGAACAUUGGUCGGGAGGAAGAAGCAUUAAACACCUUGGCUCGUCUGCGAAACAAGAGCACUGAAGACAUGGGCGUUCGCGUCGAGUAUCUCGAGAUCCUGGCCCUCCGUGACUUCGAGGUCGAGACUGCACGCAAGAAGUAUCCUCAGUACCAGGAUGGAAGCCGUAAGAGCAACUUCCUCAUCGGCUUCUACGACUAUGCCUCCUUGAUCACCAACCCGUCUCUGCGAAGAAGAACCAUAACCGCAUGCUUGACAAUGACCUUCCAGCAAUGGAACGGUAUUAACGCCAUCAAUUACUAUGCACCAUUCAUCUUCCAAAACUUCGGAUUCCAGGGUAACACACUCUCGCUGCUGGCAACUGGCGUGGUCGGCGUAAUCGAAUUCCUCCUAACCAUCCCUGCUGUCUUGUACGUCGACAAAUUCGGCCGCAAGUCAAUCCUACUUGCUGGAGCAAUUGGCAUGGCUACAUGUCAUUUCAUUGUUGCCGGUCUCGUUGGAUCCUAUGAAGGUUCUUGGGCAAGCCAUGUUGCAGCUGGCUGGGUCUGCAUCGUCUUUGUUUGGAUAUUCAUAGGCAAUUUUGCGUACAGUUGGGGUCCUGUGUCCUGGAUUGUCGUGUCCGAAGUCUUCCCCCUCAGCAUGCGCGCCAAAGGCGUCUCUCUUGGUGGCAGUGCCAACUGGCUGAACAACUUUGCCGUUGGACUCUCAACAUCACCCUUCAUUAGCACAUCUCAAUUCGGCGCCUUCAUCUUUUCGGUUGUAUCACCGUCGUCGCUGCACUUUGGGUCUACUUCCUGCUUCCUGAGACCAAGGGCUUGA